GAUUUUCACUUGCCUUGUUGUUUUCCACUGCUUUUGACUUGAAUAUAUAAGGAGAUCUCAGUAAAGCCUUAGUGGCACUCGCUGGAAAUGGGUGACCCAUGUACAUGUUUUCUUUUUAAUCUGUAGGCCCACACAAACUCGGGGUUACAGGUUAGCUUUGCAGGUGUAGCUGACAAGUGGAGGUCCCACCGAGAUCGGAAAGAAGGGAGAAGCUGACGGACCGCUCCAGGGUGCACAAAAGAAAAGGAGCGAAUUGAUCAAGCAAACCGAAAUGAACAAUGAUGAAUGAAGAAAUAUAUGGCUACACAAGAUGUGAGAAUAAAUGAUAGAUAAAUUCACAGCUCUAAACAAGGCAUUUGGACCAUUUUCUCUAAACUUCAGGAAAUACUGCAGAUGAUGGAAUGAACAAAUAUAAAAAAGCUGAAGUUUCCGAAUGGCCAUAUCUUUUCUGAAGAGAAACAGAAGAGGAGUAGAUCUGAGGCAAAGAGGAGCAGGGAAACUACAGGAGUGGACGAAGGAUCCUUUGUGUCCCGCGUGUGUUCUUGCUGGCGAGACGUAGCAUGGGGCAAUUGGUGCAGAAAACCCGGGAAAAAGACCUCGCUAUCAUCAGCACCUCCAGAGACCCCUUGGUGACAAGGAGGAUUCAGAACUGCAGGAUAAUGAAAAUCCAGUUUGGGUUCCGGGACGACUUACUCGGAAUAUCAAGACAGAGGACCAAGAAGAUGACAACUCUGGUGAUCCUCAUGCUGAUCCAGGGAGUGCCAAUAAAAGUGCAGAGCGAACUACGGUGGGGAAUAAUGUCAACCUUCCCCCUCCCGAUGCUGGUGAUGUAUAAUGCCCAAGUGUUUCUACGUUUCUUUACUACCAACAAAGAAUUGGGACUAGCCUAUUUACCAUUAGAUUCCCAUAUAGAGCAAGUAAAAGAAAAUAGGACUAUUCCCCUUAAGGGAAGCCUUUGUUUUGGUAUAUUCAACAAAACAUCUUUUGAUCUUCCUUGCAUUAUGUUGAGUAAUGAAUCUUCUGCUUGGUUAAGGGAGGCCACAUGGGGAACUGGUGAGGAAGACAUUGUGGCUAAUGCCAUAGUUCUUUAUGGUUGGUGGCCUUACAUUAACUCCUCCACCUGCCCUCUCCGUCAACCAAAGUUGGCACCCUUUUGUAGAGGGACCCAGGAUGAAGAACUUACUUUGCCUUGGACUGGUUGCCAGUCCCGGGACUCUGCCUGGGCAGUCCAGAAUUUUUUUUCCUUCUCCCCUGAUUUGGGAGGUGGAGUGAACUUCACCACCAUUGAUCCUAGAUGGUCCAAUAAUAAUCCCUUUGAUCAAUGGAUGCUUUGUGGCGUUAAUGGUAGCUGCACUGAUCUUACGCCCAUGGCAAUGCUACUUGGAGGAAAGGGCGAAAAGGGACGGUUAUCAUUUUCCUGGACUGGGAAUAUCCAGCCUUCAGCCUCUGUCUGGACAGCUACUCAUAUAAAAUAUAAACCUUACUGGAGCAUGGGGUUUAACCCUGCUCUGGUUUGUGUCUGGCCGCCAUUUGUGUGGAUUAUAAGUAAUGCCACUAAAGUUUCUAAAUUGAAUUGUACAGAUGGUUCAUGUUUUUAUGCCCUGUGCUGGGAUGCUAGCCAAUAUUCCAUAGCGGUAGUUACCCGCAUGCCUCGCUUUAUCCCGGUCCCUGUUGAGACUCCGGGGACCCUGACCUUAUUUAGAGGAAAGAGAGAUUUUUGGAUUUCUGCAAUUAUUGUUGGCAUUAUUGCUACAACGGCAGUUGCUGCCUCGGUUACUGCCUUGGCAUUGGCCUUGUCAAACUCAGUACAGACAACCCAAACUAUCAAUGAUUUAUUGUCUACUGUCUCUGUGGCUCUGGACAGACAGGCCUCGGCUAAUACUCAGAUACAAGGGGGCCUCAUGCUUGUUAACCAACAUAUAGAUCUGGUACAAGAGCAGCUAGACAUUCUAUGGCAACUGGCCCAGAUUGACUGUGAACAAAAGCUCCCCGGCCUUUGUGUCACAUCUAUACAGUAUGAACAAUUUACCAAAGCUGCCAAUUUGUCUAAAACCCUUUCACAGCAUUUGUUACAGAAUUGGACCUCGGAUUUUGAGCAGACGCUUAGGGAAUUGAGAGCGGCCAUCAUUCAAGUAAAUUCUACCCAACUGGAUCUGUCUUUGACAGAAGGAUUGUCAUCCUGGAUCACCUCAGGAGUCUCUUAUUUUAAGGAAUGAGUGGGGGUGGGACUUUUUGGAGCAGUCCUCUGCUGCGGGUUAGUGUUACUCCUCUGGUUGCUUUGCAAAUUGAGAUUUCAAACAAAGAGGGACAAAAUUGUGAUCGCCCAGGCGCUUGUAGCCCUUGAACAAGGAGCGUCAGCCGAUAUUUGGUUGACCAGGCUCAAGCAAUAGGUCGCCAGCUGGACAGCUCUUGCACUCCUAGAACCUCGGUUCAUUGCACAGGAUUAGAGUGUCCGGCUUGAGCAGCCCAUGAGGGGUGACGAGCUUAGCAUCGCACAGGGAAGUUCUACCAAACACGCUCCCUGGAAGGCAUGUCAUAUUACAUGAGGGUAUCUGCCCCAGUUUUCCCUCCCUCGAAAAAUGGCAGUGCGACGGGUCAGGAGUGCCCUGGGUCCCAACAACAGCUUAAGGGUAUCUCUCUUGUACAGGUUCGCCAACUUUGUGCGAGGAUAUGACUUCUGCCUUCACCCUCCUAUUUAUGGGUGUCCUAUUUGCUUAAAGACAGAAAAGGGGGAGAUGUGGAGGGCCGCCCUCACAUUCUCCAUUGUAUGAUGGCGCCGAUAUCCAGCAGGAUGCACCUAGUAAAAGGGCAAUACGCAAGCGCCUGGUAAAUUCCUCACAGAGGGGGACACGUAUGCUGUUGUACGUCAUCUGGCAUGUUUGACAGCGACCAGCCAGAGAGUGACACGUCCUAGGCGAGGAUAAUUUCCUAUAUAAGUGAUGGUUUUUCCCUCACUCGGGGUCUCCGUAUUGUAAGCUUAUGCUCUGGCUCUCAAGAUUCAUUAAAAGCUUUUUCUGCAGAAGGAUCCUUUGUGUCCCGCGUGUGUUCUUGCUGGCGAGAUGUAGCAUGAGGCAUCUCAGUUCUGUAAGGAACGUACUAGGUUGGCUUUCACAUGCAUGACAUGUCAUGUCAUUUGUUACCAGUCCCCACUAAAAUAAAUGAGUGCCUUUUAAAUGAUGGUAUAUUAUCUUAGACAGCUUCUAUGUAUUUUAAUGCUACACAUAUCUCUGGCACUAGGAAGAAUAUUAGCUACUUUUAAAAUAUUAAGUAGGAUAUUCUUUAUAAGAAAUUAUACAUUCAUUUUUAUCAACUAAAAAGAUGCAUUUAUAUUUAAUUUGAUGAUAAUUUGGCUUUAAACUUUUGUUAUGAAUAGGUGCUGGGUUUGUCAUACACAUUUCAGCAUUUGUUGGUUUGAAAAUAUAAUUUUUCUUUUUUAGCCUGUUGAUAUGAGAGAUUGCAUUUGUGAUCGUCGAAAUUGCCUUUGUAGGUAUAACUGGUAAGGAACCUUCUAGUAAAUUCUCACAAGUUUGUGUUGUCUGGGAAAUCACUUUGAAUACAAGUACACUGUCUUUUAAACUUAAAGUCAGGAUCAAUCAUUCUCAACACAAUUACCAGGUCUAACUUUCUUCAGGUUUCUAAGUCAGGUUGAUCUAGUCGAGGAUUUGAGGAUUUUCGCUUCUUUUUUCCUGCUCUCCACCCAAAGGGUGUGUGUUUCCAUCUCACAUCUUGCCCAACCCUGUUGGCCUUGAAGAUAUUUCAUAAUUCCUUUUGAGAUUUUCUCAUAAAAACAAACCCUUGUUAUCUCAUUCAUUUCUGUGCCUUCCUUUGCCUUAUCUGAAGUACACAACUGAGUCAAACAUUUUGCUGGUCAGAGCUACAACUUAUCACUACUAAGAAUGCCAAAUCAGAAUUGAUACUGACCAAACAAUCCCUUCUUACUCGUGACCUAAAAUUUUUAUGCUUCCUAAUAGCAUUAAAUGUUCAUUUUUAAAUUCCUUUCUACAUAACACUGUUAUUGAUACUCUGAAAGUUUUAUAUCAUGUACUAUAAUCACAUCCCCUUCCCCGUCCUUCCAUGUCCACUUCCUCUUUCUUACCAACCCAAUAUAAGAAGUAAAAUUAAAAAUAAGAAAAAAUGAUGUACUUUAUGUCAUCUAUAUACUCGCUGGACUAUGGUUAAACUCUCAACAGCCUGCCCCUUAAACAGAACUAUGGACUUUCCCCACCAGAAGCCAUUGUGCCUGUUUUGCAAACCCCAAAAGACUGCAAGGAGCCAAUUCCAAUACGAUGAUACUAGGGUCUUUAUUUAAGCUCGAUCUUGGGCAACACUAUCAUUACAGACUCAGCAGGAGUGGAGGGUGAAACCCAGAGCCCAUUUUCUAGAAAGUAUUUAUAGAGACACAUAAAUAAACAAAGGGGUUUUCAUUGGCACACACCUAAUGGGGGGCGGGUAUUUGUUGUUCUUUAAAGUGAUUGGCUGGUAUUGGAAGCCAAAUCUUAAAGUUUCAUCUGUUUUACUCCUGAUUGUUGGUAGUUAGGGAGUACUAGUACUGGAGACAGUACUAGGGGCAGGCUUGUUAGAGUGUAACAUAGAGACUAGUGAAAGGUGCAGGCUUGUCAUAACUGGAGUUCAAUCCUAGGUCAGGAUCUUUAAGAUGGAGCCUGAACCCAAGAUGGAGUUGGCUCUCACCAUCAAUUGUAAGAGAGCUACUUUUCCUCUUCCUCAUUUCAUUGCGCUUUCGAAUUCUCUUCAGUGGCAUCCUGUCUAGGCUGUUAUUGUUCGGUUGUUGUCUCUGAAAAGACACUAAUUUUUUCAUGAACUCUAAAAUACCUGUGGUCAUAAAAAGCAAUACAUCAUCUAGAUUACAAUAAAAUGUUGGCUCUUUCACUUCCUGACUUAUAUCCUAAGUGACAUUUAACAUAUAGAGUCAUGAUAGACAUUUAUAUCUACUCUGUAGCACACAUUAGAAAUUCUGAUUUUAUUUUUAUUUGAUUUCAUCUCCAAGUUUUUCAUAUCAUCUGGAAUUUGUGUGUAGACUAAGAUAUACUUGAGGACAGAAACUACUAGAAUUGUUAUCUAGUACUCAAUCCAACAUGGAUGAUGCUUUUAAAAUGCUUUAUUCAUAUUCAUAAAAUCCCUUCACAAAAGUACUUACUUUUUA